AUGACCGAAGACGCUGGCCUACCACUGGACGACGACAAACCGUUCCGGCAGAUCGUCGGUUCCCUACUAUACUGCGCCAUGUCUACGCGUCCCGAUAUCGUGCACGCGGUGACGCAGCUCUCCCGCCACCUGUCGACACCGCACUACAUGCACAUGCUCAUGGCCAAGCGCACAGUCGCCUACCUUCUACACACCAAGGACAUUGGAAUCACGUACCACGGCCAACCAGCCGGCAGCAGCGAGCUUAUCGGCUUCUCAGAUUCCUCGUGGGCCGACGACAGAUCUACAGGACUCUCUACCUGUGGCUAUCUGUGGAUGCUCGCGUGUGGGCCAAUCUCAUGGCGAUCGAAGCUACAAGCACUCGUGACUUUGUCUUCCACUGAGGCGGAAUACGUCGGCGCAUGCCUCGGCGCCCAGCACGGGAUGCACCUCGACAAUCUCAUGAACGAGCUCGGACUCAAGGCUAACGGCAAGACCGUCACCCUCUACCUCGACAACCAAAGCGCUAUCGCCAUCGGCUCCAACCAAUCCAGCGUACAGCGUACCAAGCAUUUGGCGCUGCGCUUCUACUUCCUCCGCGACUUGGUACGCGCUGGCAAGUUCAAGCUCACCUACCUCCCGACCAACAUCAUGCCCGCCGAUGUGUUCACCAAGCAUACCGCCUCGCCCAACGGCGCCAUGUACUUAAUCGCCUUCACGGAAGACGCCACCAACUACGUGUGGGUCAAGUUCCUAUCCCAGAAGAGCGAUGCUUACGAGGCAGUCAUGAAAUAG